AAUAACCAAGAAUAACGGGUGCACUGACUUGCCUGCCAAAACUCCAGAGCUUAGCAGCGGGGGAACUCGCGCAACCGACCCACGGGCGCUGCUGCCGUCCAAGAAAUUGCAACUCAGAGUCUGAGCUGCCCCGCAUAGCAGGGCCCCUGCCCGUUAGCGGCGGUCUGUCGUGGCGCUGUCCGCGGCCAUGGUGGAAGUGGAGGUGCUGCCGCCGUCCGUGCCGGCGGUGAUCUGCUUCGUGCUCGCCCUGACGGUCGGGCCGCGGGUCGCGGCUGUGACGGUCUUCGCCAUCCUCGCCGCUACAUUUGCCUUCAGCAGCGCCGGGGCGGGCAUCCAGGCGCAGCUGGCGGCGGCGGCCGCACUGACGGCGGCGGUCCCCGCCACGUUCCUGUGGCUGCAGCGGCGGCGAGCGCCGCCACAGCAGCGGCAGCAGCAGCAGCCCGCCGCGCUACUGCCCCCAGAGCAAGAGCAACUCGCUGGCCCCAGACCAGGAGGCCCAGCCGCCACGCCCGCGCCGGCGGCAGUAGCAGGCAGUAGCAGCAGCCUUGCCGCUGCGCUACUGCCGCAGCUAGGCUUGCGCAUGCAGCGCACCGCUGCGUGGGCUGCUGCGACGUCGGCGGACCUGGAGGAAGGGCUCAGCCUCCAGCGGCCAUCGCCGGCACCGCAGGCGUCUGCCGCUCCCUCCAGCCCCUCCGACACCUCAGCAGCGCCUCCCCCAGGCAGCGCGGCAGGCGCGGCGGACGCAGCAGCCGCCAACCACCUCUCCCGUCUGCUCCCGGAUUUCAGUGUGGGAGAGGGCGGCGGGCAGGAACAGCCGCUCCAGCUGUGGCGCGGCGGGCGGCAGCAGCCGGGUGCCUCCGCAGCGCUGACGGAGGUGGUGGGCGUCACGGGCGGCGGCAACACCGCCAGCGGCAACGCCACCCGCUGCACCACCACCUGGUCAUCACUGCCGCUGUUCUGCUUCGCAGAGGUGCUGAGCUGGAUGGAGGACGACUGCGACCGGCGGCGGCUGCGGCUGGUGUGCCGGGACUGGCGCGCCGCCGCCGCCGCCGCCACCACGCACCUGGCGCCGCCGCGGUCGGGUGCCCGACACCUGGGUGCGCUGGCGGCGGCGUUCCCCGGCCUCACAGCCCUGGACCUGUCAGCUUGCCUGGCGCACCUGACGCCGCCCCGAAUGCGCCACCUGUCGCCGCUGCGGCACCUGUCCCGCCUCACGCUGGGAUGCCCCUCGCCCGCCUCCGCCGCCGCCACGGAGGAUUUGUUGCGAGCCCAGCUGCAACAGCAGCAGCAACAGCAGCAGCCCCACAACCCCUAUCUGGCAGACGCGGCGGCGGCGGCGGCGGCGCCGGGGCUCCUGGCGGCUGACAGCUGGCGGCGGCAGCGCUGCACGACGUCCACCUCGGAGAGCAGUGGCGGCGCGGCGGCGGUGACGGAUGCAAUGGUGCAGGAGCUGGUAGCGGCGCUGCUGCGAGGUGGCGGCGGCGGAGGGCGGCGGCAGGCGGGAGCAGCUGGAGCGGGUGGUGGUGGCGGUGGUGGUGGUGGGGCAGGAGGAGGUGGUGGUGGCGGUCGCGGCGAGCUGCGUGUGCUCAGCAUUGCGCAGUGUGUGCGGGUGACGGACGCAGGCGUGCUGGCUCUGACGGCCCUGACCGGCCUUACGUCUCUGGACCUUUGCGGCUGCUGCGGCGUGAGCGACGUGGGCGUCAUGCUGCUGGCGCGACUGCCGCUGCUGCAGGGGCUGCAGCUGGCAUGGUGCGUCAAGGUGUCCAACGCGGGUCUCCGCGGCCUGGCUGUGCUGCCGCGCCUGAGCCACCUGUCCGUGGCGGGCUGCCCGCUGGUGUCGGAGGCGGGAGUGGCGGGCCUGUCCACCCUCAGCCGCCUGGCCUGUCUGGACCUCACCCACCUAGGCAUCACGCAGCAGCGGGCCACCGUCACCGACGCCGCACUGUCCGCACUGUGUGGCGGCGGCACACCUGGCACGGCAGGUGGCGGCGGCGGUGGUGGCGCAGCAAGUGCUGCCAGGGAUCAGGGUGGCGGCGCGCCGCUGGCGCCGCCGCCGCAUCCUCGGCUCACGCGGCUGGCCUUUGGCGGCGGCCGCGGCGGCGGCACGCGCGUUACGGACGCGGGCUUGGCGGGCCUGGCGGCGGCGCAGCCGCAGUUGGCAGGGCUGACGCUACUGUCGCUGCAGUUCGUGAGCGACGCCGGUCUGGAAGCGGUGGUUGCGGCACUGGGCGACCUCACGAGCCUGUGUGUGCGGGGCUGCGGUCCGGGCGUGACGCGAGGCUGUGUGGCGGCGCUGACGGAGGCGGUGGCGGCGCGCGGCGGCCGGCCGGCGGCGCCGCUGCCGCCUCGGGCGGAGCCGUGGUGGCGCCUGCGGGCGGCGCAGGCGGCGGCGGCGGCGGCUGGGUACCGCGUGGGUGGGGCGGGGGGUCUGGCGAUGCCACGGCUGCAGGAGCUGAGCCUGAUGCACAACCCGUUUGUGGCGCUCCGAGAUGAAGACGUGGCCAGGCUGUGUGGUGCUGCUGCUGCUACUGCUGCUGCGGCUGCUGCGGCUGGGGGUGGCGGCGGGGGCUGCCUGACAAGCCUGAGCCUGGGCGGUGCGGUGCUGCUGGUGCCGCAACUUCCGGCACCGGCCCCGCCGCCGCCACAGCAGCCGCCACAGCCACAGCCACCACAGCAGCAACAGCAGCCCCAGCAGCAGCAGCAGCAGCAGCAGCAACAGCAGCCCCAGCAGCAACAGCCAGGCGCCGCUGAGGUGGUGGGGGGGCAUGACGCACUGGCUGCGGGCGGCGACGGCGGCGCGCACGGCCCUGACGGCGGCUAUCACAAUAUCGCAGCUGCGGAGCUGGCGGCGGCGGCGGUGGCGAACGCGCCCGGCACUGCACCCCAGGGCGUGCUGCUGGCACUUGGGGCCGGACCUGGUGGUGGUGGUGGUGGAGGAGGUGCUGGCGGCGGCGGCGGCGGCGGCGGUGGCGGCGGCGGUGCGGGAGCAGCAGGCGGCGGCGGCGGCGGUGGUGGCGGUGGAGGAGGUGGCGGAGGAGGUGCCGCCGCGGCCGCCGUCAAUGAGCCGCCGGAUGCGUUGCGGUCUGUUGGCCUGGGUCUGGUGUCCCUACGUGCCAUGGCGGUGCUCACCCACCUGACGUCGCUGUCGCUGGUCGGCUACACAGGGCCCUUCCGCACCCGCGCCUCGGGCCCUGCCGCUGCAGCUGCAGCUGCUGCGCUGCAGGCCCAGGGCUCGCUGCUCUCGGGCGUUGCAGCAGGCAUGGCCCCGCCGGUGCGGCACCAGCAGCCGCCGCACGAUUUGUCUCCGUGGUGCACCACCGCCAGCAGCGCCAGCAGUCGAGGCGGAAUCGGAGGUGGAAGCGGCGGCGGCGCGGGCGCAGGCGGCAGUGGCGAAGGCGUGAGUAGCAGGGGCGGUGGCAAUGGCGGCAGCGCCCCCGCCUCUCUCGCCGGCUCCGCGGAUGCGCCGCCACCGCCGCCGCCGCCUUCCCUAGUCUCAACUCCGGCGUCGCCGCCGCCGCCAUCCUCGACGGUGCAGCCGCCGCUGACGGCGCUGGUGCGGCUGCGUCAUUUGGAGCUGUCGGGCGCGAGCCAGCUGGAUGACGGCGGCGUGGGUGCGCUGGCGGCGGCGCUGACGGGGCUGCGGACGCUGCUGCUGGCGCGCUGCGGCCGACUCACGGACGGCGCGGCGCUGGCUCUGGCGGCGGCACCGGCCCUCACCACCGGGCUACAGGUGCUGGACCUGUCCCACUGCACCCGCAUCUCCGACGCCGCCCUGCUAGCCCUGGCCUGCCUGAGAGGACUGCGCCGCCUGCACCUGGCGGCCGCCGGCGGCCCGGGCUCGUCAGUAUCCAGCCCCGUACCCAGCCCCAGCCGCAGCAGCAGCAGCAGCGCCGCCGUCAGCGGCGGCGGCGGCACGACUCACGGCGGCGUGGCUGCUCUGCUGGCUACAGCCACCGCUGGCGGCUGUAGCAGUAGCAUCAGUGACGUGGGCCUGGCGGCCCUGGCGGCGCUGCGGCGGCUGGAGCUCCUGGAUCUCAGCUACUGCCCGGGAUCCAGGCUGACUGGAUCCGGAUUCGCCGCGUGGACGGGCAGGAGAUCUGGAUCCAGGCUGGCCACGCUGCUCGUCCAGCACGUGGCCGCGCUGAGCGAUGAGGGGCUGGCGGCGGCGGCGGGCGCGCUGCGCGGGCUGGCGCGGCUGGAGGCGGCGGGCUGCGAGCGGCUGGGCGACGCCGGCGUGACGUGCCUGGCGCGGCUGCCGCUGCUAACCUCUGUUGAUCUGUCCCACUGCCCGCGCAUCGGCGACGCCGCGCUGGUGGCGUUGGCCCGCCUGCCGCUGCUGGCGUCACUCAAGCUGUCGGGCUGUGUGCGCGUGUCGGACGCCGGAAUCAUUGCACUGGCCACCGGCGGCAGUGACGGCGGCGGCGGCGGCGGCAGUAGUGACGCGGCAGCACUAGUCUCCCCAGCAGCAGCCGGGCCAAGUGGCGUUGGGGCCGUUGGAGGUGGAGCAUUUGCGGCGGCGGCGGCGGCGCCUGCUGGUCCAGAGGCGGCGGAGGCGCCGCCGCCGGCUGUGGCACACCGGCCCUGCCCGCUUCUGACGUUGCAUCUGGACAACUGCAUCGGUGUGGGCGAUGAAGGGGUGGCGGCGCUGGCGGCCGCCGCCACCGGAGCGGCGGCGCCUCCUCGGGCUAGCGGCGGCGGCUCCGCCGCCGCCACCGCCGGAGCGGCAGCGGGCGUGGCGGCCGGCUCCGGCGGCUGCGGGAUGGUGUCGUUGCGUCUGAGCCGCUGCCCCGCGCUCACGGACGCUGGGGUGGCGGCGCUGGCGGCGGGGCUGACAGGGCUGUGUGCGCUGAGCCUGGCGCACUGCCCCGGCGUAAGCCCGGCGGGGGUGCUGGCGCUGUCGCGCAUCACCAGCCUGGCAUCACUUGAGAUUUGAGGGUUGAGCAGAACGAUUGUAGCGAGGUUGCUGCGAUUGUGUUCACGUGUGGUUGCUAGCCCAGCAGGUCUCUCGCUCGGGUGGCAGUUGCUAACAAGAGGGCGGUCAGGGAGGGGGGCGACACGAUGUUCACGGAGAGCGGUCAGCGUGUGUGAACUGUCCCAGUAACAACUAUAUCAGUCUUAAUGCCGUUUCCAUUUGUGAUUGGUCCCAAAGCUCAUUGCCUCGAGUCCGGUUCGCAACACCUCACGCACGGCAAUCCCGCACGAGUACGGAAGCAUGGUCACGCACCAAGUAUUGAACCGUGUUGAAGGGCAAGUAAUGCUUUUGACCAGGAGAGGCAUGGGUGGGAUUGAAGGAGGGGGUGCUGAAGGCGAGGACGCGCAGCCAUCACAUGCGGCGACGCCCUGGACCUGUGCUGCGUGGGUAAAUAGUUGUGACAAGUUGUGACAAGUUGUGGCAACGUGUGAUUUCGGCCCACCCACGCACGUUUCCUGGAAGCCGCUGUACUUGUUGGGCGUAGGGCUCCUCCUCACUCGUAUGCGGGUGCUUGUGUUGCAACUGAUGAAGUAACGGAUAUUGAUUGGACAUUGGUUGUCGGGCCGGAUGUGUCGGAAGUCUCGUUGGGAAAACCGUCAGUUCC